GUUCUCGCGAGAGCUCAGGCGCGAUUCUCGCGAUAAGUGGGCGGGCGGUGAGGAGGGAGAUCCGAGUGGCGGCGGCAAGUGGCUCAGGCGGCCAAGAAGGAACGUGACCAUGGAAGACCUGGGGGAAAACACCACUGUCUUAUCUACACUGAGGUCUUUGAAUAAUUUCAUUUCUCAGCGAGUGGAGGGAGGAUCAGGGCUGGAUAUUUCCACCUCUGCCCCAGGCUCUCUGCAGAUGCAGUACCAGCAGAGUAUGCAGUUGGAGGAAAGAGCGGAACAGAUCCGUUCGAAGUCCCAUCUGAUCCAGGUGGAGCGGGAGAAGAUGCAGAUGGAGCUGAGUCAUAAGAGAGCUCGAGUGGAGCUGGAGCGAGCAGCCAGCACCAGCGCCAGGAACUAUGAGCGUGAGGUUGACCGCAACCAGGAGCUCCUGACACGCAUCCGGCAGCUUCAAGAGCGGGAGGCCACAGCGGAGGAGAAGAUGAAGGAGCAGCUGGAGCGCAACAGGCUGUGUAAGCAGAGCCUGGACGCUGUGGGCAAGAAGCUGCGGGAGAAGGAGGACAGCCUGGCCGAAGCCGGUGAGACCAUCAGUGUGUUGAAGGGGAAGAUCUCAGAAUUGCAGUGGAAUGUGAUGGACCAGGAGAUGCAGGUGAAGCGCCUGGAGUCUGAGAAGCAGGAGCUGAAGGAGCAGUUUGAAUUGCAGCACAAAAAAUGGCAGGAAGCCAAUCAGAGAAUUCAGGAGCUCCAGACUAGCCAAGAAGUGAGUGCAGACCAUGAGCAGAAGGUUAAGGAGCUGGAGCAGAAGCUGUCCCUGCAAGAGCAGGAUGCUGCGAUUGUGAAGAACAUGAAGUCUGAGCUGCUGCGGCUCCCUAAGAUGGAGCGGGAGCUGAAGCAGCUGCGUGAAGAGAAUGCUCGCCUGAGGGAGAUGAGAGAGACCAAUGGGCUGCUCAGGGAGGAACUGGAUGGACUGCAGAGAAGGCUGGGGCGCCAGGAGAAGAUGCAGGAAACCCUGGUGGACUUGGAACUGGAGAAGGAGAAGCUAUUGGCGAAGCUGCAGAGCUGGGAGAGACUGGACCAGACCAUGGGAUUGAACAUCAGGACUCCAGAAGACCUUUCCAGAUUCAUCGUGGAGUUGCAGCAGAGAGAGCUUGCCUUGAAGGACAAGAACAGCACCAUCACCAGCAGUGCCCGGGGCCUGGAAAAGGUCAGGCAGCAGCUCCAGGAGGAGCUGCGGCAGAUCAGCGGCCAGCUGCUGGAGGAGAGGAAGAAGCGGGAGACCCAUGAGGCACUGGCCCGACGGCUGCAGAAGCGGGUCCUGCUGCUGACAAAGGAGCGGGACGGCAUGCGUGCCAUCCUGGGGUCCUACGACAGCGAGCUGACCCAGGCCGAGUACUCACCCCAGCUGACCCGUCGCAUGCGGGAGGCCGAGGAUAUGGUGCAGAAGGUGCAUGCCCACAGCACGGAGGUAGAGGCUCAACUCUCACAAGCCCUGGAGGACCUGGGAGGCCAGAAACAAAGAGCAGACAUGCUGGAGAUGGAGCUGAAGAUGCUGAAGUCACAGUCGAGCUCCGCUGAGCAGAGCUUCCUGUUUUCCAGGGAGGAAGAGAGUUUGCUAAGAUUAAAGAUUGAGGAGCUAGAGGGAGAACGAAGUCGGCUGGAAGAAGAGAAGAAGAUGCUGGAAAUGCAGCUGGAGAGACGUACCCUGCAGGGUGACUAUGACCAGAGCCGAACCAAAGUGCUACACAUGAGCCUAAACCCCACCAGCGUGGCCAAGCAGCGCCUGCGUGAGGACCGGGACCGGCUGCAGGAGGAGUGCGCGCGCUUGCAGGAACUUGUGCGCGCCCUGGAGAGAGGAGGCCCUGUGCCCGCUGAGCUCGAGGCAGCUGCCUGUCUGCCGUCAUCUAAGGAAGUGGCAGAGCUGAGGAAGCAGGUGGAAAGCGCUGAGCUGAAGAACCAACGGCUGAAGGAGGUUUUCCAGACCAAGAUCCAGGAGUUCCGCAAGGUCUGCUACACGCUUACAGGCUACCAGAUAGACAUCACCACAGAGAACCAGUACCGGCUGACCUCCCUGUACGCCGAGCACAAGACCGACUGCCUUCUCUUCAAGGCUACAGGACCCUCGGGCUCCAAGAUGCAGCUUCUGGAGACGGAGUUCUCACGGACGAUCCGCGAGCUCAUUGAGCUGCACCUGCUGCGCCAGGACAGCAUCCCUGCCUUCCUCAGCUCCCUCACCCUCGACCUCUUUAGCCGCCAGACCAUGGCCUAGACCGCAGCCCACAGCCUAAUGCCAGACUGAGUGCCAAGGCCCACCCAGGGCCUAGCUGUCUCAGGCCAGCAGGAGCUGUGCUGCCCAGACGUGUGCACCCCGAACUCUCUGACCCUGCUGUUCUUCCCCGUCACUAGACUCACCGCCCAGGCUUGACAGGGAAGAGCAGCCUCCAUACUAGGCCUCUCUCCUCCCUCCCCUCUCUCCUGGGAAGGCGGGCAUGGGCUGCCUGCUGGAGGACCCAGUUGUUCCAUGAGGCCACUUCUCUGCCUUCUCCUUAGGUGGCUCCACCCUUUUUGUUCCAGGAGCUAGUGGGUGGACCUGUGGUCACCAGCCCAAGCUGUCGACAUUGUGAAAUAAAGUUUGCUUCCCCAGCCGCCCUCCCCCUCUGCCUAGCUCACUGCGUGUGCCUGAGCUCCCGAGCAGACCAGCUUCUGGCUGCUGUGCACAUGAUCUGCCUGGCCCAGCCCCCACCACCACCUGCUGCCCACACUUUCCUGGACACAAGGAUGGUCACCACGCAGGCCCAGGCAUCUGGGGAGAGUGGGACAAGCAGCCUGGUGCCAUUGGCCCUGGCAAUCUCAACAGGAUGGAAGUGCUCCAGAAGAAAGAGCCUCAUCAGCAGCGUCCACCUGCCAUGGUACAGCCUGGGCCUGGUGCGCCCUGGAGGCUCAGUACUGAGGACACAGGUAGAGGGUCGAUGGUAAAGAGGUGGUAAAAUGCAGUGCUCCUCAAGGCCAACCCACAUGGGAGAUGGGUUGCAGGUUCACAUCCAGAGUCCUCCUUAAAUACACUGGGCACACACAAGCCCAUGUUUGCAGCUGGCUGGACCUUGGGUGCCCUUAAGCCCCAGCCUCCCAUUA